AUCAUUGUAAAGAUAAAUAAUUCACAUAAAUGAAUGUUUUGCCACAAAUCAAUAUUUGAAUUUAAUGUUGAUAUUGCUUUCAUUUUCACUUUUAACUAUUUCUGUUUGUUGCAGUUAGCAGCAGCUGGCAGAAAUCCCCCCGUCUUUUGCAUAAUUACGGAAUAUCUUUCCGGCGGCUCCUUACGGGCAUUUCUUCACAGAUUAGGACAUGAAUCCCUUCCACUUCAGAAACUUAUCUCCAUCGCACUCGAUAUCGCUCAGGGAAUGGAAUACAUUCAUUCUCAGGGGGUUAUUCACCGUGAUCUGAAGCCCGAAAAUAUUCUCUUUGAUCAGGACUUUUGUGUAAAAAUUGCUGAUUUUGGAAUUGCUUGUGAAGAGGCAUGUUCAGAUCCACUGGCUGAGGAUCCCGGAACUUAUCGUUGGAUGGCGCCCGAAAUGAUUAAACAUAAACAUUAUGGCAGGAAGGUUGAUGUCUACAGCUUUGGAUUAGUUCUUUGGGAGAUGGUUAGUAGAAGAAUUCCAUACGAGGAUAUGACGCCGGUCCAAGCCGCUUUUGCAGUGGUUGAUAAGGUAAUUUUCAUUUUUUUGGUGGGGGCAUUUACAUACAUUCGAUUUACAAAUGAGUUCUUGAAUGACGUUGAGGAAUUCGUGCAGGUGGCAUCAUAUAUGUUUAUCUAUCGUUCUGAGGGUAAGUUUCAGUUUUCUUAUGCGAAGCACAAAAAUCAAGCACUUCUGCCACCCGAAGAAGUUAAGUUAGAUCUUUACCGCAAGGGAUUUAAACCUAAUUAUUGGUAUUGGACUACACAUGGUAAGCAAGAAUCUGAAGUUCAGUUGAAUCAAGGAGGUGCCUCGAUAAGUUAUGCCCCCCAUGCAGAAAAAUUUGAUCUUAACACUCAUGAAAAAAUGGUUAAUGAUGCUCAAAGAGCUCAGUUUAUUGGAAGCAUUCAACGCGAGGAUAAAUCACCAAAUAACAAAUUGCAACGGUUCCAUAAUUUACUGGAUGCUUCACAACAAGCUUUAUGGGAUGGUUCCACCACACAUACAGAGUUAUCAGCAGCGCUAAGAAUGUUGAUCAUCAAAUCUGAUUUUAACAUGCUCAAAGAAGCAUUCAAUCAUGUUGUAACUUUAUUGAAAGAGACUAACCCUACAUGGAAUUUAGUGUCGGAUGACCUGCACAUAACAAAAUAG